GCAGGAGGCAGGAGUUCUCGUAAUACAGGUUGAAAACGGGACCAUACGCCUGUCUCACUCAGGUUGCAAUAGAAUACGCUUUCGAAUUCGUCUAAAAAACUCGAGCUGGUUCGGUGUUAUUUGUGGCCGAAAUGUCAACGCCUCUGGAAAAGCCGCAGAUCAUUGCGCACACCCAGAAGAGCCUGAACUACACGUUAUUCGACUGUAAGUGGAUUCCGUGCAGCGCGAAGUUUGUUUGUAUGGGAAACUUCGCCAGAGGAACUGGGGUCCUGCAGGUGUACGAGGUUCAGCACGGAGACGUGCAGCUUGUCAAAGAGAUCGAAAAGCCCAAGGCGUUCAAAUGUGGAACAUUUGGGGCGACAUCUCUCCAGCAGAGGCAUUUGGCAACAGGCGAUUUUGACGGCAACCUUCACGUGUGGAAUCUUGAGGCAUCCGAGGUUCCAGUGUACUCUGUGAAAGGCCACAAGGAAAUAAUCAACAGCAUCGACGGAGUUGGAGGCUUAGGCAUUGGAGACGGCGCACCAGAGAUCGUUACAGGGAGCCGAGAUGGUACAGUUAAAGUGUGGGAUCCGAGGCAAAAAGACAAACCUGUGGCGAACAUGGAGCCAACAGAAGGCGAGACCAAGAGAGACUGUUGGACUGUUGCAUUUGGUCACGCCUUUAACGACCAGGACCGCUGUGUAUGUGCUGGUUAUGACAACGGCGAUAUUAAGCUGUUUGAUCUCCGAAAUAUGUCUCUGCGAUGGGAGAAAAAUAUUAAAAAUGGUGUGUGCAGUGUUGAAUUUGACAGAAAAGAUAUCAAUAUGAAUAAACUAGUGGCGACAUCUUUAGAGGGCAAAUUUCAUGUCUUUGACAUGAGAACUCAGCAUCCGACCAAAGGCUUUGCAUCUGUUUCUGAAAAGGCCCACAAAUCUACUGUAUGGCAAGUGAGGCAUUUGCCCCAAAACCGGGACAUCUUCAUGACAGCAGGCGGAGCUGGGAACCUGCACUUAUGGAAAUAUGAGUAUCCAGAAAAGAGGAGUGAGAAGGAUGGAGAUGGAGUAGACAGAGGAGUGGCUGGGACACUCAAUCUCCUGCAGAAUAUCACUCUGUCCACACAACCCAUCGCCAGCCUGGACUGGAGUCCCGACAAGCAGGGCCUGUGUGUGUGUGCUUCCUUUGAUCAAUCUGUGCGGGUCCUCAUAGUCACCAAGCUGAACAGAGUAUGAGCUCAUGUCCUGUGACGCUGGGCCUUCGCCGCCGCCGCCUUCUUCUUCUUCUUCUUCUUAUUAUUAUUAUUAUUAUUAUUAUUAUUAUGUGUCAAUUAUGUGUCCUCUACAAACCAAAUGUGAGACUGUUUGUAUACAAACAAACAUGACUAACUUCAGUUAGAGUGAAAUGAUAUGAACUGAAGUCUUCUCCCAAUUCGACCUGUGCCAUUACUUUUGAAUAUGAAAUGUUUUUCACAGUAAACCAUCUUUAAAUAAAAGCUUUUAAAUUCA